CUGCUUACUCCUUGAACGUUUCCGUGCUUUAUGAGAAUUCUGAGGAUUGUGGGUUGAUGUCUUGGUUUGUCGAGAGGAGGUUAGAGGUUGAGAGGUCGAAGGGUCCUUCCUUGUAACUGUGUGCUGGAUCAAGUGAGAGCUUCCGGCGAUUUGUUCAAAUGCUAGGGGGCGUGUUAAAUGGAUCGGUUGUGAGGCGGUAGUUUUUGGCACGGAAUGCGCCCUGAUCGGAGUUGGAAAGUUUGAGAAGUCGCUGGGCAGCAUGGGUUUUCUCGUCCUAGAGAUAGAAGUCGGUGGAGGGUGUUUUGUCAAUCGUGUAUUUCGGUUGAUGGUGGGUUCACAUGAACGGACCCCGCACUCGAAAGCAAGAUACUCGUGAUGAGGUUCCUUUGGGGAGGAAGAGAGACGCUUGCCACAACUUGAUCACGAUUGUUUUCGACCCGUGCUCCUGAUCUUGGGGUGGGAGUGAUCACAACCGAGCAAGUUGCUCAAGACCACCGUGGGAAGCACCUGUCAAAUUUAAGAAAAAUCUGAUGAGGCUAAAAUAGUUAGAAUUUAUCCCAACUUUUAUAGUAUCCUAUUUGUAGAUGUAGACUGCACUGCUGCAAGGGCAUUCAGUCGGCAUCGAUUCUUCAUCGAAUUUCGAUCAUAGCACACACCAGGAGGUUGACCUUCCUUGAGGCUGCGAUACAAUUAUGUCCGUGGCUCUAAUCUAGUUCCUCAUCUCUACUGGCAAGUUUGCGUUCCGACCGUUGUGGUGCUUUCGACUCUUUGGGUACCUCUCCUCAGUCAUCAUUUUAGUCAAAAAGUGCCUCCAGGUGUGGAAGAUACAGUAACUAGACAGAUUUGGCUUAUAGCAAGGGCCCUCAAGGGCUACACUUGGGAAGAGGAUGUCUUGGACCGCAAAUCCUUGAGCAUCUGUGUCCUUCCAGGUGUACUUUGUGCAUUUUUCGUUACCAUUCAAGUGGUUCCACGAUCUAGCGGAGCUAAAUUUAGAUCGAGUUCAUGCAUCGAGUUCUUUUACAAAAUUUCAGUCUGUCCAUCUGUUUUUGGUUCUAUUUUUCUAAUGAAAUAUUUGAGCUCUAUAAUUGGUUCUGGUAACUAGAUACGAGAGUUAACUUCCUCCAGGCCACCAUUGCCCGCAGGAACCUCUAUAUACAUUUUGGAAAAUGUAUGAGCGUUUGAUUAAUUUUUUGGGGAUCCAGAGAUGGAGGGUCCUCUUCGCCGCCUUGCUUGGUCAAUGUGGAGCUCUGAACAAACUUUCUGUCCAUUCAGUCGGAAUUUUUCGAUCAGUACUUCAGUAUUCUUGCAAGAGAACAAAUGCUGCUUGUUUUAGACUGAUCCUUCUCCUGGAAACGCGCUUUUGUCACAGGAGCGAAGGCCAGUUGACGACACGCCCAUCUGCUCUGUUCAAGGGCAAGGUUAAGUGACGAAUGAUUCAUUUUCUAGGCAUGUGGAUUCAAGAAUUUCGGUCAACCUCAGGAUUACACUGAAGCCAUUCCGGAUGCAGUGAACCUGGUCGAGAGAAUAUGGUACAGGAUCUAUAAAUUGUACUCAAGUAAGACAACUUUGAACAAUAAUUCUCUCCAAUGGAGAAGUCCGCCGAGAGGGAAAGCUCAAGACGGAAAAGCUGGCCCUGGAAAAAGAAGUCACACGACAAAAUUUCCGCUGCACCAGCGCUUGCUCCCUCCACACUCACCUCCAAAUCAAAUGACAAUCAGCAGAUAUGGGAGUAUCAGCCUACAGACCUGCCAAGCCAUACGCGAAAGACUUUCUCGAUGAAGUUCUCAAUGCAGCAAGACCGCAAUCGAAUGGUAACUGAUGAGGCCAAGGCUCAGAGAUUGCAAUCAGAGGAGAGAGCCGAAACUCUCGCGGAUAAGCUUUCCAACGCACUUGCUGAUAUCACCGCAAAAGAUAAUCUUGUCAAGCAACACGUCAAAGUUGCUGAAGAGGCCGUAUCUGGUUGGGAGAAGGCCGAAGCGGAAGCGGUGUCACUGAAAGCACAACUUGAUGCAGCUCUUCAAAAGAAACUGGCCACUGAGGGUCGAGUGUGUCACUUGGAUGGGGCUUUGAAGGAGUGCAUGAAACAGCUGAGGAAUAUUAGAGAGGAAAAUGAACAACGCAUUCAUGAUUUAUUGUUGAUAAAAUCACGAGAAUUUGACAAAUUCCGAUCGGAAAUGGAAGCAGAGCUCGCAGAAUCUUCUCAUCUUCUGGCUCAGAACCUUUCUGAGCUCGUGAAAUCAAGAGCAGAAGUUUCCGCUCUUGGUCAUGCCUUACAGGAACGUUCGAAAAGUAUAGCUGCGAUUCGUGAGGACAAAAGACUUGCCGAGGCCGAGAUAAAAGCAUUCCAGGUGAUGCUGGAGACGACGGUGAAGGAAAAUUCGCAACCUAAGCACGAGGUACAUGUCCUCAACAAAGAGCUCGAUAUCCGCAGCCAAGAGCGCGAAUACGAACGUAAGGCGGUGGACAUGGCAUCUAAACAACAUCUGGAAAGUGUGAAGAAAAUUGCCAAGCUUGAGGAAGAAUGCAAUCGUCUUCGUCUCUUAGUACGCAAAAAACUUCCAGGUCCAAGAGCAAUUCAAAGAAUGAGGAUGGAAAAUGAGGGUGUGUCUAAGGAGCCAGCUGAUAGGAGGCGCAGGUCUAUGAGCCGUAGUGGUAGUCAAUCGGAUCUGUCAGUUGCAAGCAACACUAUGCAAGAGAAUGAACUGGAUGGGCGAACUUACGAGGCACAAAUGCUGGCUGAGCGAGUGGUGGCCAUGGAAGAAGAGAUAAACAUGCUGAAGGAAGCCCUCACACAAAGAAAUGCAGAGCUUGAGUCUGCUCGUCUCAUGAGCUCAAAAGCCACAACCCAUCUCUCCGUUGUAGAGAAAGAACUCAAAAGGGCUAAACAGAAAAAUGAUGCGUCAGAUAGCGCCAGUGUACCACCCAACGGCUUCUCCGAGUUUACGAGAAAGAUGAGAGGUUCAUUAUCUGAUAGUCCGAGUGACUCAGUCAAAGCAAGAGACUUUGAGAAGUUUGAGCUCAUGGAUGACUUUGCGGAGAUGGAGCGUCUCGCCAUGAGUGCGACCCUGACAGAAACGCAAAGUACUAUGCCAACGACGCCGAUGGACUUGGUUCAGAACUUGGAGGAUACCUUGAAGGCCAAAAUCCAAGACUUACGAGUUGCCGACCAGAUGUAUCAGGACCUGAGGACGAGGUUGAAAGAAACUGAAAUGGAACUCAAUGUUCUUCGUUCCCGGAACACAAAGGAGACCUCCAUGAUUGGUUUGCAAGAACAGUUGGCUCUAUUUUCCAAGCGGGAGCGAAGAAGAAGUGGCAGCCAGUCGACGAGACUCUCUGGCUACUCGUUGAAAGAUAUUUUGGGGAGGGCUAAGAGAAAUGAAGAUGCGAGAACAACUUCAGAGGCCAGCUCGUUAGAAGGGACGAUGCGUGACGAACAAGCCUCCAUUUCAGAUGCUGAGUCGAAGGCUGACAGCCCUCAUUUGGAGCUUGCAAUCGCAGUUCGCAAGAUUUUCCAUUCGGUCGAAAUGCUUUAUCAGGCAACUGGGUACAGUUGCACCCCAUCUGUCAUGAGCCUGCCGAAAUUGAUAACUAAUGAAAUCUCACUACGAUAUGAGUGGCGAAAUCCUGGGUUGAAGACUAUUUUGCGUAAUCUGGCGCAUGUGAGCAACAUGUUGUUGCAAGGACAAACUGAUUUCAUUGAUUUUAUAGUGGAGGUGGGAACAGUCUUGGAUUAUAUUGUGUCCUUAAAGCCGCUGGGAAGCUGCACUUCUCCUAUAAAAGGUGAAAUCUCACGGGAAUCAGCUAAUAAAGAUCUAAAGUUUUCGAGGGAUCUUUCGGUAAGCACAAAUGGGGAUGUUGGGCGCCUCGAGUCGGAGAAGGCGGACAUCUCUACCCAGUUGGAAAUAAGUAAUGAACACGUUGGAUCUCUAAAACUGCCACAAGAAGAAGACCCAGUGCUCACUCACAAAGUUCCGCAACUUCAAAUUUUAUUACAGCAAGGCAAUGAUCCUGAAACCCCCCAAACCAAGGAAGAUGAUAUGAUUGAAGAAGAGCUAAUGGCGCUAUCAUCUCCGAAUCCUGCACUCCGAGCUGCAAGUGGAGAGCUCACAAGAUUGCGGGAUAGAGUGGCUGGUUUGGAAAGGGAGCUUCAAGGAGAACGACAGCGUAACCAAGGCAUUGCUACGAAGACAGGGGACGUGCAACAUCAACUUCAAAGGCAAGGCAACGCCGUCAGCAGGGAAAUGUCUGGUGGAUCACAUGGGGAUCUGUCCAGUCACUCGACCUCCGAAGAAGAUGAAGAUUCUAAGCCUAAAAAGCUAUUAGUUAAUCACCCGAUGAAGCACGAGCCUCCAAAACGCGACACCCAAGCAGCAGCCUUGGCCGAGUGCCAGAGAACCAUUCUAGCAUUAGGGAAGCAGCUCAAAGGCAUCGAGACAGGCUACCAUGCUCUAGAAGAAAGAGAUACGUCUCCAAAAGUUGCACAUUCUCCCCGACCCAUUGAAAAAACGACCCAAAACGUGGAGCUUCUUCUCCGGCAAUCAGAACCAACAGAAGACGUUGAAGCUCCACCAAUCGAUCCUGACAAAACUUACAAUCUCCAAACGCCGGGGGUUCAGGAUCAAGGCAACCAGUGGGUUAGCCCCAGCCCACGAUGGGCCCACCGAGGCUCCAGUCCUAUAACAAGCCGCAUGUCAAACUCUGGUGUGAUAUAUUCCCCUUUCAUGCGCGCUAGCGAUGCUGACUUCUACAAUCGUGGAAAUCAAAAAGGCAAUGGACCUGAAAGAGAAAGAGGACAACAUACACCACGAGGCUCCUCGCCGGCACGAUCAGAGAUUCACAACCAGGAAGCAGGGUCUGGACCGGGAUCCCCUGCCCGAUCUCCCGCAAUCACACCCUGGUCCUUGAGAAGUCGCCUCAAGGAUGCAUUCGGUGUUGCACAAGGGGAUUCAGUCGCUUCGGCAGAAAAGAUGCGAAGUAGUUCCAGCUUCAGCAGGUUUUACUCGAAGAGCAAAAGUGGGAGCAUGAGCUGAUCUUGUGGAUAAGACAAAGUGUCACAACUCAGGCUUUAUUAUGGCGACUUUUCUCCAUCUAAACGAAGUCCAAUACCGCGAAUCAAAUCGUCAGCUGCAGGAAGCAAUACACAUAGUUCCUUGCAAGACAUUGGCAGCUCAUCCUCAAAGGUUGUUGUCUGGUUUAACCUGCUUUUCCAUGCAUUGAUUGGUGUUUCACAAUGGUGUGAUGGAGGAGAUUUAGGAGCUUACAAGUUAAGAACUGCUUUGACAGGAAGCUGAAGUUGGGUACUUCCACACAUCAACUGAUUUCAUGGUGUUGGAAGUAAUUGGUUUGGUAUACUGCGCCUGCUGCGCAAAAGCAUCUUGAGUUGUAGGUAGCUGCAUGAACUUCCAAUUUAGUGGUGUGCCCAUGCAAUCCAGACUUUAGAACACAAAAACCACUAGAUCCGGUUCUUCAGUUGUUGUCGUGAUGUAAUUAAGAGAAAGGUGUUUUCAACACCCCCUUUUGAGGUGCACUGGGCCCCUCGGCUCGAUCAGUUCAGUGGACCAAUCCUUGGUAAGUAGUAGGUAGUAUCUGAAGGUAAACUCGUCAAUAAGUUUGUUUGCUACAUUUAGAUAUUCACUUGAUCAUUGAGUUAUCAAUCAUCUUCGAAACCUCUUUUCCUUACUGAAUUCUCCGGCUUCGCAUUGCUGAGACAAGUUGUGAAGAAAAAUGUUGUUUUGACAGUCUUUUAGGGUGGUCUAAUAUGUUCCUUUGGAUCCCUAAAAGAAUAAAAUGUAUAAACUCUAGUCUUAAAAAUGGAGUUACAAUUAGAACUGGGGUCAUGAUGUGCGUAUUCAGAGCAUUUUGAUUAAUACAGGUUUGUACAAGACAUUAGUUUUGUUGAAAA